AUGUGGUCCCCAACCGGUAUCAUCGGGCCCUUCCAGCCCAAAUCCAGUAGUCUUACAGUCAUGCUCCUCGUCGCCAGCGCAGCAGUCUACGCAACAACAGCCGGUUACGACUCGGCGCUCAUGAGCGGAAUCAACAUCAUCCCCUCCUAUACCGAGUUUCUAAACCUCAACACUACUACCCGUGCUUUGAACGUGUCUGCAAACUUCAUUGGAUGGGGCAUUGCGUCCUUGACAAUGGGUCCUGUCGUCAACGCGAUUGGUCGCAAGAACUCCAUCUUGGUCGCUCUCUUGACCAAGCUUUUCAGCAUUGGAUUGGUUGCUGGCUCCCAAAACUUUGCUAUGUUCCUUUCUGGCCGCAUCAUUCUGGGUGUUGCAUCUGGACUUUCAAGCAUUGCUGGUUCGACUUGGCUCGCCGAAACUCUUCCGCCCAAGAUUCGCGGACUCGGCCUAAGCAUUACCUUCUCCGUCUACUACGUUGGAGCCCUGAUUUCCGCAGGCAUUACCUAUCGAACAGCCGAAAUCCCCGGAGAGUGGUCUUGGCGUCUUCCUAUUCUUUUACAGAGCAUGUUCUCCCUGAUCUGCAUCCUCUGCCUGUUCCUGACUCCCGAAUCGCCCCGAUGGCUUUCCCAUCAAGAUAUGAUGGACGAGGCUCUACAAGCCAUAGCGUCAAUUGUGGCCAAUGGAGACCAGUCAAACCAGGAAGUUCGUGAACAAUAUCAAAGCGUAGUCGAUAGCAGAGAAAGGGAGCGAGCUGAAGGCAAGACGGCGUCAUACACUGAGCUCUUCGCGACUCGCUCCGCUCGGAGACGACUCAUGCUUGCGGUAUCGGUAGCUGUCAUUGUCAUGGCAAGCGGCAAUAAUAUCGCAUCCUUUUUCCUUGGAGACAUGCUCACGAACGCUGGUAUCACGAACAGGACUACCCAACUACAAAUCAACAUUGUACUGCAAUCUUGGUGUCUUAUUUGUGCAAUGAUAGGGACGUUCCUGAUGGAUAGAGCUGGUCGAAAGACGCUCUGUCUCUCUGCCUGCGUCGGAAUGACCAUCUUAAUGUUUGUCAUCGGCGCAUUGACCAAGACUUUCAGUACUAGCCAAGACCUUGCUGGGAUCUAUGGCACUGUCGCUUGCAUCUUCCUCUUUAUGGGUGCGUACAGCGUUGGAAUCACCCCCAUUACGCAACUCUACCCUCCAGAGGUACUGAGCUACUCUAUUCGUACUAAUGGAAUGGCCAUAUGGGCUGGAACGAUUGCGAUAUUUGCCAUUGGAACCACUCUUGUGUUCCCAAUCGCGCUUGAGGCUAUCUCCUGGCGUCUCUACUUCAUCAUUGGAGCUUGGGAUGUUCUAGAGACCAUCUUUGUUGCUGUUUUUUGGGUCGAAACAAAAGGUCUGUCCCUCGAGGAGAUUGACGAGUUGUUUGAAGGGGUAGUUUACAAUGGCCAUGGAGUUGGGGAGGUUCGUGAAGAUGGAAUCAUGACCAAGGAUCAAGAUGAAAAGGAUCGAUCUGUCUCUGUUGCACGCUCGGCCACGGAGUAG